UUUCAAUCCGUUUCUGUCAUCGGCGCUAGUCACGUAAUCAUCUGCCGAGGAGCAAAGCAGACUUGAUAGAGAAGGUCUUCUCACCUGCGGAGAAAUAAAGCGCUCAAUCUUCCUGGGAGGUGGGGCAUUUCUGCAGGAACUAUGGCUGAGGGUCGAGAUGCGGGUUCCACUCAGGGAGAACCAUCUGCACCUGCUACAGACAUGUACCCUAGAAAAAUACUGGAGUAUAUGGAAGGCUUUCUUAUAUCCAAGACGGUGUUCACCUCCUGCGAACUGGGUGUGUUUGAUGUGUUGCUGGCUGCAGAGCGUCCGCUGUCGGCCGAAGAGAUCAGUCAGGCAGUGGGGGCCAGUCUGGACGGGAUGCAGCGGCUGCUGGCUGCCUGCACGGGCCUGCAGCUCCUCAACACACACUGGGACAACAGACAAGUUUUUUACAGUAACACAGAGCAGUCCAGAGUCUUCCUCACUCGUUCCAGUCCUUUGUCCCUCUACCAGUCCAUCCAGUACAGCUCCAGGACCAUAUACCUUUGCUGGCACUACCUCACAGAUGCAGUUAGAGAGGGAAGAAAUCAGUAUGAAAAGGCUUUUGGAGUCAGCUCAAAGGAUCUGUUUCAAGCCCUCUACAGGUCUGAUGAAGAAAUGGUCAAAUUUAUGCACUUGAUGAAUUCGAUCUGGAACAUCUGCGGCAAAGAUGUGGUCACGUCCUUUGAUCUUACGCCUUUUAAGGUCAUCUGUGACCUCGGAGGCUGUAGUGGAGCAUUAGCCAAGCAGUGCACGUUGGCCUACCCGGAAUGCACUGUGACGAUCUUUGACCUCCCCAAGGUAGUGCGUGUGUCAAGGGAACACUUUGUCACAGAGGCUGACCAGAGGAUAGGAUUCCAGGAGGCUGCAGCUGAAAGACUCACAGCAGCAGGGGACUUCUUCAAGGACUCUCUGCCUGUGGCAGAUCUCUAUAUUCUUGCCAGAAUCCUCCAUGACUGGACAGAUGAGCGCUGCAUAGAGCUCCUCUGCAGAAUCUAUAAAGUCUGCAAAUCAGGAGGUGCCGUGCUUCUGGUGGAAGCACUGCUAAAUGAAGAUGGGUCUGGCCCACUGACAGCACAACUCUACUCCCUGAACAUGCUGGUGCAGACGGAAGGCAGAGAGAGGACAGGUGCUCAGUAUGCUGCCCUGCUGGCUACCAGCGGCUUCACCAACAUCCAGCCCCACCUCACUGGAAAAAUCUAUGAUGUUGUUCUGGGUCACAAAGAGACUUAGAUAAAGAAAAAUAAAAUAGGUCCUGCUCGAGAUGAGCAAUAACUCAAGAUGUUUUUAAAAUUGCUUAUAAUUACUGAGCGUAAAGAAUCCAAGCUGUAUGUAAGAAUUACAUUUAAAAUUUGCUUUUUCUAAGUGAUAAUAAUGUCUUAUUAACCAAGUCAGAAAGUUUCAAAGGUGUCCUUACUUUUGCACCUGUAGCAAAGUAUGGAUCAACAUAAAAUACUGUCUAGUUUUUUUUUUAAAAGACAAUUUACACGCAUUCAUGUAAACUGUAAUGCCAGUCCAAAACUGGGUAGAAGGUGGGCUGUACUAACCGUUUAUUGGCAACAAAAGCAGAGUAUUAUUGAAAAUUAAUAUAAAAUCUAUUUUUAAUCCAAGCUCUUAUAAGAUGAUCAUAUAGAAACCUAACGUUAAGUCAUUUGCAGAGCAGAUUCAAUUAAUACAAAUUAAUGUUUAUCCAACACUGUACCAUCUAAUGUACUAUCUGUAAGUUUAGAAGUUAUCGAUAUGGACAAGUGAAAUCUAUAUAUUUAGUCUUUUGACAUAUAAUACCAAUUUUAACUAGGUUAAAAAAAACUUUGGAAAUACUUAAUUGCAGAAAGAAGAAUUUUAUUUCUGUUAUAUAAAUAACUGAAUCAUCUGCAUAAUCUUUUAUUUUAUUUUACUUGUUGUUUUUAUUGUGUUUAGCUGUUCUUUCUUUCUUGGUUAUUUGUGGUAUUGUUGGUGCCUGUGUCUUUUGGUCAUUUUUAUGUUUUUGUUUUAUUUUAAUUUGGUGACCUGUACAGUACUUUGGUCAUUCAGGUAUGUCAAGCACUUCUGUAAGAAAAAUAAAAGUUGAUUGAUUGAUAAAAUAAA